AUGAAAUUCGCAUCAAUCCUAGCCCUUUUUUUGAUAUCUUUUGUUGUUAUUGCUCAAGCAUUUCCUGUGAGAUAUGCUGAAAGAGCAUCAGCAUUGUUACCAGGAUUUUUGGUGUCAUAUUCCGACGAAUACGAGAAACUUGUGAAUGAUUUGAAACAAACCAAUAAAAUGCUUGACGCAAAAAUCACAUCCUUUAAUCAGGAAGUAUUAAAAUAUGGAUCAGACUUACCAAAAAGUGUGUUCAAAUGGUCUGCUAGAUAUAGAAAGCUUGUGGAUGCUUCAGAAGUAACCGUUGCAAAAUUGGAAGAAAAAGUCGUAUUACUUAGGGAACGUGCAAUAUCAG